AUGAGGCUUCGUCAUUAUUGGUCUAUUUUUUGUCUCAUUAUUGCCUGCAUCGCUUCCGAAGGCAGUCAAGAAUGGAACAAAGAUCACAGUGAACCAAGUCUAAAAGAAUGCGAUGAAGGAAGCUUCGUGCUCAACACGUGUGAAGAGCAAUGUGAAUGUAACAACGGUAAACUGACAAGCUGUUACCGUGUGAGAAAAGAGUUCACAGAAAUGACCAUUGAGGAGAGAAAACGUUAUAUCAACACUUAUAAAUUGGCUUCGGUCCAUCCUCUGUUUAAGAAAGAUUACGAAAAAAUGGUCCGUCUUCACCUCAACGCUCCAGAUUAUCUUCUUCAUCACACACCUACGAUCUUUUUCCCCUGGCAUCGGUGGUUUUUGGUUGAGUUUGAAAACCUACUGCGCAGAAUCGACUGUCGCGUUACUGUACCCUACUGGGACUGGAGCAAAGUUGCCCAUCAUUGGUGGAGAGAAUCGGAAAUACAGGAUCUUUGGAACUCUGGGGAUCACGGAUUCGGAGGGAAUGGAAACGAGGCUAAUGGCUUCUGCGUGGAGAACGGACCUUUCAGUAAGGACAAAUGGCGUAUCUUAGACGUGUCCGGAGGAGGAUGUUUAAAAAGGAAUUUCACGAAAUCCAGUUUCCGCGAUGCUGAACACGUUCGCAAAACUUUAUCCCUACCGCUGAAAGAUUUUUUCCGUUUUGACCAAAUUGUUCGUGACGAGUAUCAUGCUCCGACUCAUAAUCGGAUCGGUUGCACAAUGAUGGACCCUCGCUCAUCAUCAAAUGCCCCAGAAAUGCCUCUUCACCAUUCAUUCUUGGAUAAAAUUUGGUAUCAAUGGCAAAAGAAAGGAGAUGACUACAAAUAUGCCUACUUCAAAAGCAUUACAUUCAAACUUCCUGGUUCCGAGUAUUACGGAUGGGAAUGGAUGGAUUCUAAUAACCUUCCUGGUGAUGUGAAAGUUCUUUACACAGACUAA